AUGAUGCUAGUCUUAAAAGAGAGCGGAAAUCAUUCACUAGUGAUUUUGAACAGAGAUCGAGUACCACAGCUUGUGACGAAAUCAUUCACUAGUGAUUUUGAGUCGGAACUAAUCACUACUUCUUUUGGUGGCAAUGAUGUUGAUCUUAAAAAAGUGAACAAAACAUUCACUAGUGAAUUUGAACCAAGACCGAGCAUCACAUCUUAUGGCAAGAAAUCAUUCACUAGUGAUUUCGAAGUGAGACCAAGCACCACUUCUUAUGGCAACAAUAAAUCAAUCACUAGUGAAUUUGAAUCAAGACCGAGCAUCACGUCUUAUAGUCAGAAAUCAUUCACAAGUGGUUUUGAGUCUAGACCAAGCACCACUUCUUAUGGUGGCAAUGAUGUUGAUCAUAAAGGAGUGAAGAAAACAUUCACUAAUGAAUUUGAACUGAGACCGAACAUCACAUCUUAUGUGAUUUUGAAAAAAAGAUCGAGCACCGCUUCUUAUGGCCAGAAAUCAUUCACUAGUGAUUUCGAUCCGAGGCCAAAUAACACAGCUUAUGGCGGCAAUGAUGUUGAUCUUAAAGAAGUGAAGAAAUCAAUCACUAGUGAAUUUGAACCGAGGUCGAGCAUCACGUCUUAUGGCCAGAAAUCAUUCACUAGUGAUUUUGAGCCGAGACUAAGCACCACUUCUUAUGGAGGAAAUGAUGUUGAUCAUGAAGGAGUGAAGAAAACAUUCUCUAGUGAAUUUGAACCGAGACCGAGCAUCACGUCUUAUGGUAAGAAAUCAUUGAGUAGUGAUUUCGAAUUGAGACCAAGCACCACUUCUUAUGGUGGAAAAGAUGUUGAUCUUAAAGGAGUGAAGAAAACUUUUUCAAGAGUGAAGAAAUCAAUCACUAGUGAAUUUGAACCGAGACUGAACAUCACAUCUUAUGGUCAGAAAUCAUUCACUAGUAAUUUUGAGCCGAGACCAAGCACAACUUCUUAUGGUGGCAAUGAUGUUGAUCUUGAAGGAGUGAAGAAAACAUUCACUAGUGAAUUUGAACCGAGACCGAGCAUCACGUCUUAUGGUAAGAAAUCAUUCACUAGUGAUUUUGAACCGAGACUGAGCACCACCUAUUUUGGCUGCAAUGAUGUUGAUCUUAAAGGAGUGAAGAAAACUUUUCCUAGCGAUUUUGAACCAAGACUGAGAACCACUUCUUAUGGCCAGAAAUCAUUCACAGGUGAUUUUGAACCCAUACCGAGCAUCACUUCUUACUGUAAGAAAUCAUUCACUAGUAUUUUGAACUGA